CUGUCACGCGCCCUGCCCAAACACACCGCGACUCAAGCCUUGUCGCGUUCGCUGCAUUAAUUCAGCGCAUCCUCCACGUCCAUCACAGCGACACCACCAUCUACAAUCACUAUCACAAUGUCUGAAUCACGCUUGGACCAGUCCCUCGAGUCAAUCAUCAGCUCGAGGAAGCAGUCGGCUCGCAAGGGCCGCGGCGGCCGUCGCUCUGAUGCCGGUCGCCCUUCUGCCACCGCCGCUCCCGUCGGUGGUGUCAAGAAGUCCACAAAGCAGGCCAAGCAGCCCAAGGCGGCUCCUACUGGCCCCGCCCCUACUGGUGGUGAGAGCAAGAUCAUGAUCUCCAACUUGCCGUUGGACGUUGAGCAAGGUCAACUUCAGGACUACUUUGCCUCCGCAGUUGGCGUUGGCAGGCCCAAGAAGAUCCUGAUGCAGUACGGACCAAACGGCAAAAGCCUUGGGAGCGCAACCGUCAUCUUCAACAGGGCUGAGCAGGCUUCCAAGGCCACCACUGCCCUGAACGGCGUCAAGAUUGACAACCGCCCUAUUCGCGUCGACCUUCUCGUCAGCGCCGCGAACGUACCCGCGUCAACCAAGCAGUCUUCUCUUGCCGACCGUGUCACACAACCGAAGAAGGACAAGCCCAAGCCGUGGCCGCGGCGGCCGUGAGCGCCAGAAGAAUAAGACCAUUGAGGAGCUUGAUGCCGAGAUGGCCGACUACUUCCCUACCGCUGAGGGCGGUAACGAUGCCAUGGCCACCAACGGUGCCGAGGCCGCCCCAGCUGCUGCAGGAGGCGACACUGCCAUGGACGACGAG